AUGAAGGCCAUCGAAGCCUACGUCAGCGGACUCAACAUCCUCUCCGUCAUCGUUCUCUACUCGCUACUAUGGCUCAUCACACCGAGACUACCGAACCCGAAGCCGUCCGGGCCCAAGACGAAUAAGCUCUGCGAUGGCUUGAUGCACACCUCCUACAGCAUCAUCUUCAUCGUGGGAUGGGCAUGGUGUAGUAAUGUCAUGGCAAACGUCGAAGAGCCGUACCUCGACGAAGUCUUCCAUAUCCCACAAGCCCAGAAAUUCUGCCAGGGAAGAUGGACCGAAUGGGACGACAAGAUCACCACCCCUCCGGGGUUAUACAUCCUGUCAAAGUACUACCUCGCCAUGAUGCUGAGACCAGAGUGCUCCGUCCUGGACCUCCGCGGCGUCAACAUCAUCGCCAUCAUCGGCCUCGGCAUCCUGGCCACCCACUGCCGUCACCUCAUCGAGGCCCGUCGCACCGACGCCAAGUCACCGGCACCUCCACUCGUUCUGUCCUUUCACUCGAUUCAUGUAGGCUGGAACAUCGCGCUGUUCCCCGUUCUGUUCUUCUUUUCGGGUCUGUACUAUACGGACGUCGUCUCGACUUUGUCCGUUCUGGUGGCGUACUACCACCAUCUCCACCGCGUCCGCGAGGAGCGGAGCUCUUUCGUGAGCGAUUUGGUCACGAUUGUUCUCGGAGUGACCACUCUCUUCAUGAGGCAGACCAACGUGUUCUGGGUGGUUGUGUACAUGGGUGGUCUCGAGGCGGUCUCCGCUAUCAAGUCCCUUCGUCCUGCUCCCGCCGACAAGCCCAAGUUCAAGGGUCUGAGUGACUGCGUCAAGUACUAUGCCUGGAGGUAUUCCCUCGGGGACAUUCACGAUCCUCCUCUUAACACGGCUUGGCCUGACGACCUCUUCUUCUCGGCUUUAAGCAUUGGCGUCGCCGCCAUUUCGAAUCCAUUCCGUGUCUUGGCCAAGGUGUGGCCGCACAUCACCACCAUGGGCCUAUUCGCUGGCUUCGUAGCCUGGAACGGAGGUGUUGUGUUAGGCGACAAGUCCAACCACGUCGCGACGAUCCAUCUCGCUCAGAUGCUCUACAUAUGGCCCAUGUUCGCCUUCUUCUCCUUCCCGCUGUUCCUUCCCUCGGCAAUCUCUGUCCUGCGCUUCGUCCAAGGCUUCUUCACCGCCGUCUUCAAGGCAAGCGAGAACAAACCUCAAUCAUCUAGUGACUCAACCUCCGUUAGUAAGAAAUCCGUCAAGUCCAGCUCCUCAAAAGAGACAAACGACUCCCCGGCGAAGAACCCUCCCCGGACUUCCGCCAUCUACAACAUCCUCCAGACCAUCAUCGGGAGCAAACUAUAUCAGCUCGCCCUCACACCCGCCCUCAUCGCCCUGACCUUCCUGGUCGUCAAAUUCAACACCAUCAUCCACCCCUUCACCCUCGCCGACAACAGACACUACAUGUUCUACGUCUUCCGCUACACCAUCCGACGACCGGGCCUGUUCCGCUACUACCUCGUCAUCCCGUACACCGCGACCCGCUGGCUCUGCUGGGACGCCCUCGGCGGCUGCGGCCAAGGCGGCUUCCUCUCGGACCACACGGAAGCCUGUUCGGGACGGUACACACAGUCCCGGCCAGGACCGUUCGAGAAUAAUCCCUUCGGAAGUUCGGGAGCCCGCGCGGAGAAGCCGCCCGCCACGGAGCCCCUCGAAGACCAAGUUGUCGCCACGGAGGAAGAGAAGAAAGAGGGCGAUGCCGCGAAGUACCACCCCUACACCCUCAUCAAGCUAGACGAGCCGACGUCGAACAGCACGGAGCCCACGUCCUCGUCGACCGCCAUCUUGCUGCUCGUCGCGAUCACCCUGUCCCUGAUGACGGCGCCGCUCGUCGAGCCGCGGUACUUCAUCCUGCCCUGGGUCUUCUGGCGCAUCCUCAUCCCGGCUUGGAAGGUCCACGAGCAUGCGGUGAUUCAUCCUGUCCUGGCCAAGCUGGAGGCUGUUCCGGGUGUGGGGGCGUUGGUUAGGAUUGGACAGAAGUUUGAUCUGAGGCUUGUUCUCGAGACGCUGUGGUUCAUCUUGGUCAACUUGGUGACCAUGUACAUCUUCAUCGCCAAGCCGUACAAGUGGAGAGACGAGAAUGGCCGGGUGCUGGAUGGAGGUCGGAUGCAGCGGUUCAUGUGGUAG